GUAUAUAGUCAGAUCAUUGGCUCCUAAAUGGCGUAGUCUCCCCUAUCCUUCUCCUCCUUUCUUCACUUUCAAGAUUGAUUUGAAACAGCUUCUCACCAGAGGGUUGUCCAGCAUUUCAAACAGGACAGAUGACAAAACAUCAUAUCGGCAGUGAUGAUGCCUGCGGUCGCUGCCGCCCGGAAUACUUUUGGCCCCUGAAGAAGUGGGUUAAAAAGUGUGCGGCCUCAGGGAAGCCUGAGUUGGCAAGAAAAGCUAGUCAGACCUAUUUGGCUACCAUCGCGAAAUCGAAGCUCGUGAUAAUCAAAGAUUCCAUAACGAUCUGUCCUCACGGAGCACUACGAAUGAUUGGAGAAGAUAUGCCUGAUGAAUGCAGGAAAAGUCAGGAUCUGGCCGAUGGUGCUUGGUUUGGGAACGUGACCGUCGUAUACAAUAUAUUGAAAUGGUUCAAUGUGGAGACAGCUCAUCAGAUCCUCAUCGAUAAGGGCGACAAUUUUAUCUACAAUGGCCCUUUGCUGGUAUUCAAGGAUGAGGAUUUCGAAUGCCUUCGAGAAGCAGAAGCUGUCUUGCACCUGUUGUUGGAAGAUCAUCGCACGGUAGAGUCAGUGGUAUCCUCAAUAAACUUGGAUCAAUGGGACGAUUAG